AUGCACUGACAGAAACUGACCAACAUUAUAUUACGGCUACUCACAAUCGUGUGAGAGAGUCUAACAACAGAGAUCCUAUUGAAUGGGAUCCCUUCUUGCAAAAGUGGGCAGAGUACGUCAUCAACUGCAAGGUAGACUACCCAGGGCCGGUGCAUGCCUACAGCAACUUUCACAGACUAGACCAGGGUGCUCGUGUGUAUACUGUAGUGUAUGACUGGUCGAUUGAGGGCAACAACACAAACGUAGAGCUGGAUCAUGGCUGCCGGACUCCCAAGGACAGAACCAGGUGCAACCAUUACACGAAUAUUAUCCAGCCUACACUGACAUCCAUGGCGUGCGCUGCCAGAGAUUGCAAGGACAACACGCGACAGCUGGUCUGUUUGUACGACAACAGAGAAGAUCGGGAAGCCAGGAAUCCCUUGAGCUCCUUCACUUCCGGCAGCCGUCGGAACCGGCGCACAAACAAACGGAAGCAGAAUGUAUAA